AUGACUGAAAAGAAAAUUAAAGAAAAAGUGAAAAAGCGGGAGCGCAUUGUCGGGUCCUUAAAACGACAUGCGCAAUUUCUGAGUAGUUUUGUACCAGAUGUACAUACGGGGGAAGUUCAAUCGAGGCUGGACAAGAUUGAGACGAAGUUUGAAGAAUUUGAAGAGGUUCAGGAGGAAAUUGCGGAACUGGAUGUGGAAGCUUUGCUGGCGAAAUUAUCAACGGAGACGCAUGGGGACUUGAACAACACGUUAGCACGGAAUGGACAGCCUAUAGGAGCACACACUGGAGUACGUCUACCGCAGAUUUCUCUACCGGAAUUUGACGGUGACUACAAGCAAUGGCUAUCGUUUAAAUCUACGUAUGUGUCGCUGAUUCACGAUUCCGGAGAGCUCAGCGACGUUCAAAAGUUCCACUAUCUAAAGUCGGCGCUCAAAGGGGAAGCUGCGAAACUUAUUGAAUCACUGACGCUCACCAAUGACAACUAUCUCAUCGCUUGGAGUACGAUUACGAAGCGGUAUUCCAACGAGUACCUGUUGAAGAAGAGGCAUCUUCAGGCGCUGAUGGAAUAUCCGAAGGUGGAGAAGGAGUCGUCUGCAGCUAUUCAUGCUCUGGUUGAUGAAUUCGAACAGCGGUUGAAAAUCUUAAAGCAAUUAGGAGAGAAGACCGACGACUGGGGUGCAAUGAUUGUUCACUGGAUGUGCUCCAAAUUGGACACAAAGACACUUCAACUUUGGGAAGACCACCCUCCGUCUACCAAGGAUCCGACGUUCACGAUGCUGGUGAAUUUCCUGGAGAAGAGGACAAGGGUUCUCGAAGCGGUUUCGUCGAACGUCGAAUUAAAGGGCUGUAUGCAGAAGAUGGAAGUGAAGCGUCAAAAGGUAAUCGUUCAUUCGGUUACCGAUGGGGAUAAAAGUUCUCUAGCCUGUUCUUGUUGUGGAGAGUCGCAUUUCUUAGGAAGAUGCGGCAAAUUUUUGAAAAUGACGCUGAAGGAGCGGCUGCAGUUCAUCAACAACAAGCGGCUUUGUAGCAAUUGCAUGAAGUCUGGACAUUGGGUACGGGAUUGCGCAUCAAAGUUCAACUGCCGAGAUUGUGGAAAAAAGCAUAAUUCAUUGAUUCAUCCAGGAUUCCCGCUAAGCAGCAGUGGUUCUGGUACUAGUGAGAACCCCGUGGGUAAAUCGGAGAAGGCACGAAACGAAAAAACGGUUACAUCCAAUGUGGCGGCCAACGAUGUGGGAUCUGAAGACGAAGGCGAUCAAGGAGCGGUUGGUACAUACAAUGUAGGGACCAAGGGCGGAAGCUUUUCAAGCGUGCUAUUGUCUACAGUGGUGCUGGUAAUUCGGGAUCAACAUGGAAGGAAACAUUUGGCUCGAGCGUUGCUAGACAGCGGAUCUCAAGUUAAUAUUAUCAGUGAGCGGUUAUGCCAGAUGCUAAGCUUGAAACGUAGAACAAUAAGCGUGCCAAUUUGUGGUGUAGGAGAAGCGGAGACACGAGCGAGAUAUUUAGUUAACACUCUAGUCAGUUCUCGCAUUCAAGACUUCUCCGUAGGAAUGGAGUUACUUGUUCUUCAGAAGGUGACAUCGAACUUACCGUCGGUGCAAAUACCCAUGACACACUGGAAAAUACCAGAGAAUAUCCAACUCGCCGAUCCAAACUUCAACGUCAGUAAUCGGAUCGAUCUUCUGAUUGGAGCAGAGCAUUUCUAUCGAUUCUUAUUCGAAGGAGAUAAAAAGAGGAUUACGCUGGGUCCGGGGCUGCCUAAGCUGAUCAAUUCAGUGUUUGGUUGGAUAGUUACGGGGAAAGCUUCCGAAACUCAGAGGACGGCAGUAAGUUGCUGUGUAGCGGCGGCUCCUGACAAUUUGCAAGCACAGUUGUGCAAGUUCUGGGAGAUCGAGUGCAAUGAGGAGCGGUUACCUUGGACAAAGGAGGAACAUGACAGUGAAGAGCAUUUCGUACGGACUUUCAGUCGCACGGAGGACGGUCGAUAUGUAGUACGGCUACCGAAACACGUGAACAUCGAGCAAAUGUUGGGUGAAUCUCGUGCGAUGGCUUUAUCAAGAUAUCGAAAAUUGGAGCAACAGCUGGGAUGGAAUACAGACAAGCGUCUGCAAUACAAUGCAUUCAUGCAAGAAUAUCUGGAUCUAGGUCAUAUGAGGGAGGUCAGUCCAGAGGAACUCCUGAAAGAGACAGCAGCGGCAAGCUCUAGAAAGGUCUACUACUUGCCGCAUUACGCAGUGCUGAAAGAAUCAAGCACUACAACAAAGGUUCGCGUUGUUUUUGACGGAUCAGCCAGCACGGACAGUGGCUAUUCAUUGAACGACGCUCUUCUAAAGGGUCCCAUAGUUCAAGAUGAACUUCUAAGCCUGCUUGUUCGGUUUCGGAAGUACGAGGUGGCAUUAGUUGCAGAUAUUGAAAAGAUGUACAGGCAGGUGCAAGGCAGGUGCAAGUACAUACACACCAGAUUGCAGCGCAUCUUCUUCCGAUUUUCUCCGGACGAACAGGUUAAGGUUUUUGAGCUUUCAACGGUAACUUAUGGCUUAACGCCUUCUUCAUUCUUGGCGAUUCGUGCUCUGCAUCAACUAGCAGCCGAUGAAGGAGCAGAUUAUCCAGAUGCCGUUGAAGCUAUACUUCACGAUUUUUAUGUAGAUGACUACAUCGGUGGAGCAUCCAGCAUAGACGAGGCAAUCCAACUCCAAAGAAACCUCGAUAUGCUGAUGAUGAAAGGCCGUUUUGCUUUGCGCAAAUGGUGUUCCAAUCGGUCAGAAGUUCUGGCAGGCAUACCGAUCGAGCAACUUGGAACCAACUUAUCGCUUUCUUUCGAAAUUGGCCCGGACGAGAAGGUGAAGGCCUUAGGAAUCACCUGGGAGCCCGGGACGGAUCAACUACGAUUUUUUUAUGACAUCAUAGACAACGAUCAAGCUUGGACGAGAAGAAGCAUCCUGUCUUCGAUAGCCAAGCUCUUCGAUCCACUGGGAUUGAUAUCGCCGGUGAUCGUUUCUGCAAAAAUAAUGAUGCAAGAGCUUGCUUUGCUCAAUACAGGAUGGGAUGCAGCAGUUCCCGUCGAUAUUAACGAGAAAUGGAAGCAGUUUCACGCGCAACUAGGUGAUAUUUCUGAAUUGCGGAUCAGCAGGUUCGCUUUUGUUUCUAAUUGGACUGAUAUUCAAUUCCACUGCUUCGCUGAUGCUUCUAUCCUAGCCUACGGUGCAUGUUUAUACGUCCGCACGACGAAUGCAGCGGGAAGCGUACGGAUCGAGCUGCUCUCUUCGAAAUCGCGCGUUGCGCCGCUCAAGAGACUGACAUUGCCGAGGCUGGAACUUUGCGCCGCUAAGGAAGCUGCGUUUCUACACAUGAAAGUGACUAAAUCUCUCUCAAUGCAAGAUGUACGAUCUUUUUUCUGGUCCGACAGUACAAUCGUGCUGCACUGGUUACGAGCCCCGCCAAAUUCUUGGCAAACUUUCGUGGCCAAUAGAGUUUCGACGAUUCAAACCACCACCUACCCACAUUCUUGGCGUCAUGUAGCAGGGAAGGAGAAUCCUGCCGAUUUGGUAUCACGGGGAAUGGCGGUCAGCGAUUUUCUUAAUAGUCAAUUGUGGAAACAAGGGCCCACAUGGCUGCGUAACGACGAGGAAGAAUGGCCUAAUUCUGGCGAAGACUGCAUUCCAGUGGAAGAACAGUUGGAGAUUCGUAAGGUGGUACACAUGAUCAAAGUCGCCGAACCACCCAAUGAGUUAUUCAGCUUGCGUUCAUCAUUACCUUCUUUAAUUCGUGUCGUCGCCUACUGUCGUCGUUUUGCACACAACUGUCGCAAUGUUAACGAUAGAAACAUUUCUAUUGCUUUGUAUCCUGAAGAAAUACAAUCGGCGAAGAUGGUUUUAACUCGCAUCGCUCAGAAGGAACGAUUUCCGGAGGAGAUCAAAGUGUUGCAACGACAACAGCGAAUCCAUCACAAAUCGAGCUUGAAAAGACUCUCUCCUUUCCUUGACAACGACGGAACUAUCAGAGUUGGUGGACGCUUACGUUUUUCGAAUGAACACUAUACGGCUAGACAUCCCGCUGUAUUACCGAAUCACCACCCUUUCACUGACCUUGUCGUACAGUUCUUCCAUUCCCAAAACUUUCACUGCGGUCCUCAGCUCACGUUGACUGAAAUACGACAGCAGUUUUGGCCUAUACACGGAAAAAGUGUCGUCAACGCAGUGCUUCGCAAGUGCGUCAAAUGUUUUCGAAUCAAUCCAACGCCAAUCCAACAGCCCAUGGGGCAGCUACCGGCGGGCCGCGUUCGUCCAGGACGCCCAUUUCUGAUAACAGGCGUUGAUUAUUGCGGACCAUUUUGGUUGAAGCCUCCUCGUCGAAACACUGCUGCACCGAAAGUGUAUAUUGCGGUGUUCGUUUGCUUUUCGACCAAAGCAAUGCACCUCGAAGUUGCUGGCGACCUGUCUACGGCUAGUUUCCUUUCUGUCUUACGCAGGUUCAUCGGAUAUCGUGGAAUCCCAUCCGAAAUGCAUUCGGACAAUGCCAAAAACUUUUCUGGGGCCCGCAAUGAAUUGAAAGCACUAUACGAUAUGCUGAACAAUCCGCUCAGUUACUCUAUCAUCAGCAAGGAACUCUCUCAACAGGGCAUAAAAUGGCAGUUCAUUCCUCCGCGCGCUCCCAACUUUGGAGGAUUAUGGGAGGCCGCAGUGCGCUCCGUAAAAACUGCUCUGAAAAAAGAAGUCGGUCUGCAUAAAUUGUCUUACGAAGACUUCACCACACUGUUGGUGCAAAUCACUGCUACACUGAACUCUAGACCUCUGUCGCCUCUAUCCGAUGACCCCACUGAAUUCGAAGCCCUUACCCCCGUUCAUUUCUUAAUUGGUUCAGUCAUGAAAGCUCUUCCUGAGCCCAAUAUAACGAACAUUCCCACAAACCGUCUUGACCACUACCAGCAAACCCAGCACAUGUUCCAGAACUUUUGGCAGCGAUGGAGUAAGCAAUACCUUAUGCAGCUGCAGGUUGUUACGAAGGACUUGUCGAUCAACUUAAUCGAGGUCGGUAAAAUUGUUGUGCUGCGAGAAGACAACCUGCCACCACUUUGCUGGCCGCUGGCAAGGAUCAUCAGCUUGCACCCAGGCUCAGACGGGGUAGUACGAGUUGUUACGGUGAAGACGGCGAAUGGAAUAUAUAAGCGGGCAGUCAACCGCAUAUGUCCACUACCAACUGAUGAUAUGGAACGCAGAACUUCAGUGUUGCCAUCGAAUUAG